AUGUCAUCAGAACACACAGCACAAUAUUCUAACGGGCUUCCCACUGCUAUCCCUUCACUUCUUUCCGGUGGUUACAACCAUCCUUUGGCUCGUGAGUGGCAAAACGAACGCCAACUAACUAAGAACAUGUUCAUUUAUCCUUUAUUUAUCACUGAUGAUCCCGACGCAGAAGAUGCUAUCAACUCCCUUCCUAAUCAAAAAAGAUGGGGUGUGAAUAAGCUUGUUCCUUUUGUUCAAACUCUUGUUGACAAGGGCUUGAGAGCUGUUAUUUUGUUUGGUGUGCCACUCAAAGAAGGUGUUAAGGAUGAACUUGGAACUCCAGCGGACGACCCAGAAGGCCCUGUCAUCCAAGGUAUUAAAACUCUCAGAAAGAAUUUCCCGGAUUUGUUUAUUAUGUGUGAUGUUUGCUUAUGCGAAUACACUUCUCAUGGACAUUGCGGAAUUCUUCGUGAUGAUGGAUCGAUUAAACGUGAAGAAUCAGUAAGACGACUAGCUGCUGUUGCCGUAAAUUAUGCAAAAGCGGGGGCUCAUGCAGUUGCCCCAUCUGAUAUGAUUGAUGGUCGUAUUAGGGAUAUUAAACAAGGUUUAUUGGAUGCCGAUCUCGCACACAGAACCAUGAUUAUGUCAUAUUCUGCCAAGUUUUCUGGAAAUCUUUAUGGUCCUUUUAGAGAAGCUGCCGGUUCAUGUCCGUCCCAAGGCGACCGAAAAGCAUACCAGCUUCCUCCUGGUGGAAGAGGACUUGCAAGACGUGCUUUAAGACGUGAUUUGGAAGAAGGGGCUGAUGCAAUCAUUGUCAAGCCCUCUACAUUUUAUCUUGAUAUUGUUUCUGAUGCUGCUAAUAUUUGCAGAGAUUACCCUAUUGCAACUUAUCAAGUUAGUGGAGAGUUUGCUAUGCUUCACGCUGCUGCUGAAAAAGGAAUCGUUGACCUGAAAACUAUUGCAUUUGAAGCUGCUUAUGGCUCUUUAAGAGCUGGCGCCAAUCUUUUGAUUUCGUAUUUCACACCCGAGUUUUUGGAUUGGCUUUCUUUAUAA